AUGCCGGAAGGCUUGGUCGUGGUGACUUCAGACAGCGCUGCACUUUGGACUGACGGCCGAUACUUCCUGCAAGCUGAGAGCCAAAUGGACUGCAACUGGCAGCUAAUGAGGAACGGCACAGAACCCAAGCCGCCCUCGGAGGUGGAGUGGCUGGUCUCACAGCUGGAGCGGGGCAGCUCGGUCGGCGGCGACCCCCGGCUCAUCGCAGCCCAGAACUGGCUCCACUUCGAAGCCCGGCUGAGAGAUGCGGGAAUGCAGAUGAAGCUGGUCUAUGACAACCUGAUUGAUCUCAUCUGGACUGAGGACAGGCCGCCGCGCCCUGCAGACCCCAUCGUCAUUCAGAACCUAACAUACGCGGGGAAGCCGUGGGAGGAGAAGGUCGCCGAGCUGAGGGACUACAUGAAGGAAGAGGAUGUGGAGGUGCUGCUGGUUACCGCGCUGGACGAGGUCGCCUGGCUCCUCAACCUCCGCGGAAACGAUGUACCUCACACGCCAGGGGCCGAGGUGGUCCGGCUGCAUAUGUACGACGAGGUUCUGUACAAUUUUGGCUCGUACAUACGCCAGAAAUGGAAGGGGAAGAUCCUCCUCCCAGCCCGCUCCACCUAUAUUGAUGGGGUCAGUACUGGAUGGCACCACGGACGUGACGCGAACGUACAUUACGGUCGGCACACCGAGUUCCAGAUGGAGGCCUACACGCGGGUCCUAAUGGGCGCCAUUGACCUGGCCGACCUGGUCAUCAACAAGCCAGGUCAGGACGUUCAGAUGAGCCUCAUGGUUCGACAGCCGCUGUUUAAGGCCGGCCUCAACUAUCGACAUGGAUCGGGACACGGCAUCGGGGCCUACCUGACCAUCCACGAGGGACCUAUUCUCAUCUCGCCUGGAGGAACUGGUCACCUGAUGGAGAAAGGCCAGUUUUUCUCGGACGAGCCGGGCUACUACCAGGACGGAGAGUUCGGCAUACGGCUCGAGACGAUCCUGUUUGUUCAGGAGCUGGACACCGAGCACAAUUUUGACGGUCCAUACAUGCAUUUCGAGCCGGUUACCUUGGUGCCGUUCGAGAGGAACCUCAUCAUCCCCGAGAUGAUGUCACGGAGGCAGCUGGUCUGGCUCAACGAGUACCACCGCCGAGUGCAACUGGAGGUGGGCCCUGUCCUCAAACGGCAGAAACGAGAGCGUGCUCUCAAGUGGCUCGAGGCGCGAACGGCCCCUAUACGGCCGGCGAAAAUAGCGCCUUCCGUUGGGUUCACCAUCAGCUCAGCCGGGCUGCCGGUGAAGUGCAGCACGGUCAUGCUGGUCUGGUUGACCUCAGCUGCAAUCAGUGUUGCCAGGAUCAUGUGAGUCAGACUGGUGUUUAAAUGCGGGAGUGAUGAUGUACAAAUGGCUGCGUUGUCGAUAGUGUCGAUUCAUACAACUGCUGUAUUCCUGGUUGCUGGAAUGCCCUGCUUUUGUGAGCUCGAUUUAUGCAAGAGAUGCUGAAAACAUCGGGCACUGACAUGCUACUCAACUUGCCUUUGUCGUGUCAGAGGAAGCCCAACUGACAUUUUCGCCAUCUUGCAGUGUCAGGGUCAGUUAUUUAUCCAAACACAACCUUCCAGUGUUGUUAGACGAAUCGCAAAGUGUAGCGGAAUACAAAAUCCAACUGACAUGUUUGGUGAGAAAAACUUAAAAAGCGCACGUGCUCGGAUGCAUAUGAUUUCACAUGUACGGUGCCAUCGUACUCCAUGCUUCAGUUCAAUGUCAGAUGUGCUGUUCAAAAGAAAUGUCGGGUCAAGGAGCCUUAAGUGCUGUGAAUUCAGUAAUCCUGGUUUACAUUGAUUGCACCAACGAGAGCGUCCCCUUGAGCAAUGCCAAAUAUACCAAUACUCGACUUA